GGCCUCAGGGCCUGGGCCUGGGGCCUCAGGGCUCAGGGUCUGGGCCUAGGGCCCAGGGCCUGUGGCCUAGGGCCUGAGGGCCUAGGCUCAGGCUCAGGGCUCAGGCCUAGGCCCAGGGCUCAGUGGCCUGUGGCCCAGGGCUCAGUGGCUCAGUGGCCUGUGGCCUGUGGCCUAGGCCUAGGGCCUAGGGCUCAGUGGCCUGUGGCCCAGGGCUCAGUGGCCCAGGGCUGGCCUGUGGCCCAGGCUCCAGGGCCUAGUGGCCUGGUGGCCUCAGUGGCCCAGGGCUCAGGUGGCCCAGGGCUCAGUGGCCUGGUGGCCUGGGCUCAGGGCCUGUGGCUCAGUGGCCUGGUGGCCCAGUGGCUCAGGGCCUCGGGGCCUGUGGCCCAGGGCUCAGGGCCCAGGGCUCAGUGGCCCAGGCUCCUGGCUCAGUGGCCUAGGCCUAGGCCUGUGGCCCAGGGCUCAGGGCCCAGGGCCUGGCUCAGGGCCCAGGCCUCAGUGGCCCAGGGCCUGGGCUCAGUGGCCUAUGGCCCAGGGCCUAGGGCUCAGGGCUCAGUGGCCUGUGGCCUAGGGCCUAGUGGCCUGUGGCCCAGGGCUCAGGGCCGUGGGCCUGGUGGCCCAGGGCCCAGUGGCCCAGGGCCCAGGGCCCAGGGCCUAGGCCUCAGGGCCCAGGGCCCAGGGCCUGUGGCCUGGGCUCAGUGGCCCAGGGCUCAGGGCCUGUGGCCCAGGGCCUGUGGCCCAGUGGCCAGGCCCAGGCCUGGGCUCAGGGCCUCAGUGGCCCAGGGCCUAGGGCCCAGGGCCCAGGCCCAGGGCUCAGGGCCCAGGCUCAGUGGCUCAGGGCCUAGUGGCCCAGGUCUUGGGCUCAUGGCUCAGGGCCUGGUGGCCCAGGGCUCAGGGCUCAGGCCUGGGCCUGCCUGGGCUCAGGGCCUGUGGCCUAGGGCUCAGGCCUGUGGCCUGUGGCCUGGGGCUCAGGGCCUCAGGCUCAGUGGCCUGUGGCCUAGGGCUCAGGGCUCAGGCCUGUGGCCUAGGGCCUGUGGCCUAGGGCCUCAGGGCCUAGGCCCAGGGCCUGGGCUCAGGGCCUCAGUGGCCCAGUGGCCUCAGGGCCUAGUGGCCCAGGGCCUGGGGCUCAGUGGCCUAGGGCUCAGGGCCUCAGGGCCUGGUGGCCUAGUGGCCCAGGGCCUGGCUCAGGGCCCAGGGCUCUGUGGCCUAGGCUCAGGGCUCAGGGCUCAGGCCCAGGGCUCAGGGCCUAGUGGCCCAGGGCCUAGUGGCCUAGGGCCUAGGGCUCAGGCCUGUGGCCUAGGCCUGGGCUCAGGGCUCAGGGCUCAGGGCUCAGGGCCUAGGCCUCAGGCCUGUGGCCUAGGGCCUAGGGCUCAGUGGCCUAGGGCCUCAGGCUCUAGGGCUUCAGGGUCUGGGGCCUCAGGGCUCUGGGGCCUGGGGCCUGGGGCUCGGGCCUGGGGGCUCUGUGGCCUGGGGCCUGUGGCCUCGGGGCCUGUGGCCUCGGGCUCUGGGUCUGUGGCCUUGGGCGUCUGUGGUCUGUGGCCUGGUCGGGGUCUGUGGCUCUGGGGCCCUGGGCCUGGUGGCCUCGGGGCUCAGGGCUCUGGGGCUCUGGGCCCCGGGCCUGGGGGCUCCGGGGGCUUAGGGCCUGCAGCCCUGGGCUCUAGGGCUCUGUGGGCUUGGGGUCUGGGGCUUAGGCUUCAGGGCUCGGGGCCCGGGGGCCUGGGGCUCAGGCCCGGGGCCUGCCUGGGGCCUGGGGCCUGGGGCCCUAGGGUUCGUGGGGCUCUGGGGCCUGUGGUGGCCGGGGUCCGGGGCCCGGGGCCCUGGGGUCUCUGUGGCUCCUGGGCCUGUGGCUCAGGCCCUGUCCGGGGCUCCAGGGCCUCGUGGGCUCAGGUCUGGGCCUGGGGGCCAGGUCAGUGGCCUGGGUCAGUGGCCCAGGGCCCAGGGCCUGUGGCCUGUGUGGCCUCGGGCCUAGUGGCCCUGUGGGCUCUGGGCCCCGGGCCUGGUGGCCUAGUGGCCUGUGUGGCCCAGUGGCCUGUGGCUCAGUGGCCGGGGCUUCAGUGGCCUGGUGGCCUGGUGGCCUCAGGGCUCCUGGGGUCCUCAGUAGGGUCAGGGCUCAGGGCCUCUGGCGCUCGGGGCCUGUGGCCCAGUGGCCUGUGGCUCAGGUGGCCUGUGGCCUGGGCCUGGGGCCUCGUGGCCUGUGGCCUCGUGGCUCGGCUCAGGGCUCAGGGCCUCAGGCCUCAGGUCCGUGGUCGAGGUCGAGGGUUUGUGGCCGAGGGCUCGGGGGCUCCAGGGCCGAGGGCCGAGGGCCUGAGGGCUUCAGGGUCGAGGGCUCUGUGGCUCAGGCCUAGGGUCUGUGGCUCGGUUCUGGGGUUUCUGGGGCCUCGUGGGCUUAGUGGCCUAGGGCUGGGGCCUGUGGUGGCCUCGGGGUCUCGGGGUCUGUGGCCUCAGGGGUCUGGGGCUCGGGGCCUAGGGCCUGGGGCUUGUGGCCUGUGGCUCGGGGUCUGGGGUUUGUGGCCGAGGCCUAGUGGCUUCAGGCUUCUGGUGGUCUGGGGGUCGGGGGGUCUAGGGUCUGGGGCUUGUGGCUUCAGGCUUGUGGCCGAGGGCCAGGGCUUGUGUGGCGUCAGUGGCUUGUGGCCUGUGGGGUCUGGGGGUCGUAGGCUUGUGGCUGGUCCGGGUUGGGGUUUGUGGGCUCAGGGGUCUGCACGGGGCCUUGUGGCUCUAGGGCCUAGGCUCAGGGUCUGGGGCUCGGGGGUCUGUGGGGUCUGGGGGCUGUGGUCUGGGGCUUGCGGCCUGGGCCUCGGGCCUGGGGUCUGGGGCUUCAGGGCCUCAGGCUCUGGGGCUCUGGGGGCUCUGGGGCCUAGGCCUGGGGCCUGGGGCCUAGGGGCUCUGGGGCUCAGGGCUCUGGGGUCUAGGGUCUGGGGCUCAGGGCCUGGGAGGCCUAGGCUCAGGGGUCUGGGCCUAGGCCUGGGGUCCGGGGCUCUGGGGCCUGGUGGCCUAGGGCCGGGGCUCUGGUGGGUCAGUGGCCUGUGGCCUGGGGUUCGGGGCUCGGGGUCAGUCUGGGGUCAGGGCUCAGGUCUGGGGCCUGGCCUAGGGCCUGGGCUCAGGGCCUGGCUGGGCUCGGGCUCUGGGGUUUGGGGGUUCGGGGUCUCAGGGCUUGGGCCUGGGGCUCGGGGCCUGGGGCUCGUGGGCCUGGGGCUUGUGGCCUGGGCCUGGGGUUUGGGGCUCAGGGGCUUCGGGCUCAGGUCGGGGCCUAGGGCUCGUGGGCUUGUGGCUUGGCCUGGGGCUCGGGGGCUCUGGGCUCAGGGUUUGCUGUGGCUCGGGGCUCAGGG